GCGAGGAUCUGGAUUUUAGAUAGAAAAACGAUGGCGAUGGCUAUGAUGAGGUCUGGUCUUCAGGCAGCACUUCGCAGGGGUGGACGCAACGCUUCUCCGAAGCGGAGCUUCGCUUCCUCUGCUCAUCACGACGACGCCUAUGAGACAGCAAAAUGGGAAAAGAUAACAUAUGCAGGCAUUGCUACUUGUACCAUUUUGGCGUUUAACAACCUAUCAAAGGGUCAUCCCCACCACGAAGAGACCCCUCCAUACUCAUAUUUGCACAUUCGUAACAAGGAGUUCCCAUGGGGUCCCGAUGGCCUUUUUGAGAAGAAACACGCUGACCAUUGAUUAACGAAUCUGUGAUGGACGUUUCUGGACAUUGAUGUUCAAUUAGCACAUUCCCGUCUUAUGAGACUGCCUGUGGCAAGUUAUUUUCAGUUUUCUGUUGUUGCAUCUCUCCUAAUAAAGAUUGAUGGAUACUUUAAAAAGACUCUGCUUUGUGUUCCUUGAAGCAAAAUUGCCCAGAAUUUCAUUCUUUCUUUUGUUGGUCGACGGUUUUAAUAUAUUGGGGUCGCUUCUGACUGUCUAUUGUA